CCCGGAGGUCUUUGAGCGCCGGGCCGAGGCAGGGGACUUGCGGCCCUUGCGGGAGGCAGAAGCGGGAGCCCGGAGUGGAAAGCGGGCGCCGGGCGAGCCGGGCCUCGGCGCCCGCUGCCGGCGCGUCUCCCUUCCCCGCCCGAACGCGCUGUGGCGGGGCCCGGCUGACCUCCGGCCUCUGACCUCCGGCCUCUGACCUCCGACCUCGCGGGGCGGGGCUCCUCCGCGGCUGGGCGCGGUUUCCCAGGGACGCGUUUCCCGCCGCACCGCGGGCCGCCCGGACCGCCCUGGCGGAGGCACCUUCCGGCGGCCCCGGCGCGGAGCCCUGGGCCGGACGGCGGCCCCGGCGUGGCGGCCUGCGGUCAGUGAGGGAGCCCCCGCCGCGCCCUGGCUCUCAGAGGCCCGCCGGCGGUCCGGGAGGGGCCCGGGCAGUGUGGAGGCGAUGCCAAAGCUGCAGGGCUUCGAGUUCUGGAGCCGCACCCUGGGGGGCGCCCGCCACGUGGUGGCGCCCAUGGUGGACCAGAGUGAGCUGGCCUGGAGGCUGCUGAGCCGCCGCCACGGGGCCCAGCUCUGCUACACCCCCAUGCUGCACGCCCAGGUCUUCGUCCGCGACGCCAACUAUCGGAAGGAGAACCUGUACUGCGAGGUGUGCCCCGAGGACCGGCCUCUCAUUGUGCAGUUCUGCGCCAAUGACCCGGAGGUGUUUGUCCAGGCGGCUCUCCUGGCUCAGGAUUACUGUGAUGCCAUCGACCUGAAUUUGGGCUGCCCACAGAUGAUAGCCAAAAGAGGUCACUACGGUGCCUUCCUGCAGGAGGAGUGGGAUCUGCUCCAGAGAAUGAUUCUCCUGGCGCACGAGAAACUCGCCGUGCCUGUCACGUGCAAAAUCCGAGUCUUCCCGGAGAUCGACAAGACCGUGAGGUACGCCCAGAUGCUGGAGAAGGCCGGCUGCCAGUUGCUGACUGUGCAUGGGCGCACCAAGGAGCAGAAGGGGCCCUUGUCGGGCACUGCCUCCUGGGAGCACAUCAAGGCCGUGCGGAAGGCAGUGGCCAUCCCUGUAUUUGCCAACGGGAACAUCCAGUGCCUGCGGGACGUGGAGCGCUGUAUCCAGGACACAGGAGUCCAGGGGGUCAUGAGUGCAGAGGGCAACCUGCACAACCCCGCCCUGUUUGAGGGCCGCAGCCCUGCCGUGUGGGAGCUGGCCGAGGAGUACCUGGACAUCGUGCGGCAGCACCCCUGCCCCCUGUCUUGCGUCCGCGCCCACCUCUUCAAGCUGUGGCACCACACGCUGCAGGUGCAUCAGCAGCUCCGGGAGGAGCUCGCCAAGGUGAAGACCCUGGAGGGUGUUGUGGCCGUGAACCAGGAGCUGAAGCUGCGGUGUCAGGAGGAUAUAUCCAGGCAGAAGGAGGGAGAGAAGCCGUCUGGCGGCUUGCCUUUCUUCCACUGGAUCUGCCAGCCCUACCUGCGGCCGGGGCCCAGGGAGGGGAGCAAGGAGAGCGGGGGGGCACGGAGCAAGCGGGCCCUGGAGGAGGAGGAGGGCGGCACGGACGUCCUGUCCAAGAACAAGCAGAAGAAGCAGCUGAGGAACCCCCACAAGACCUUCGACCCCUCGCUGAAGCCAAAAUAUGCUAAGUGCGAUCAGUGUGGAAACCCAAAGGGCAACAGGUGUGUGUUCAGCCUGUGCCGGGGCUGCUGCAAGACGAGCGCUUUCAGGGAGGCCGCGGACUGCCCAGGUCACGGAUUGCUUUUUAAAACCAAACUGGAGAAGGCUCUGGCCUGGAAGGAGCCCCAGCCAGCAGGACCUGGGGAGCCAGGCGGCCUUCCUGAGGUGGUGGGCAGUGCCCUGGCCUGAGGGGCAGCCAGAGCCGGACACAGCGCCGCCCCAGGCCCGGACUGCUGCUCAGACCUCUACGCGUCCCACUCAAGGAAAUGCCUUUACUCAGGGAGCCUCCCGCUACUCAGUGCGGAAGGAAGAGCUGGUCUCCCCUCGGCCGACGCCAGGAGCCCAGAAAUGCUGCACCGGGGAACAGGCGCCCAGGCUGGACC